AUGAUUAAACUAAAAUUAAUAAUAUUUUAGAUUAUAUGCAAUUCUAUAGCAGCAAUAGUGAUCAGUGCAAUUUUCAAAGAAUACAUAUCCAUAUCAAUUUAUGGUUCCAUUUUAUUAUUUACAAUACUAUUUUGUAUCAUAAAAUAACCAAAGCUCUAAUAAGUCAUUCAAUUUAUACUUAUAAUUCUUAUUUAAGAAAACUCAAAGUAUAACUAGAAAGAAUUUUAACAUUUUCAAUUUUAAUUGAGUUGGAUUUAUUUGGCUUAUAAACUAAUUCAAAAUAAUCCUAACUUUGAAUUACCCAUAUUAUUGGAGUUACUAUUUUCAUCCAUAAUUAAGAUAAUUAUUUCAUUUGAAGCAUACAAUUCUACUUUUUAUUUGAGUAUAACAACUACAUUUAUCUAUACUCUCAGUAUCAUUGCAUAUUAAUAUUAAAAGAGAAAGGAAUCAUAUAUUAAAUCAUUAGACUUAGAAUUAGUUACUCCAAAGAUGAAUGAAUUUUAGAGAAUAUUAAUAAACAAAACAUAAACUACAAGAAGCAAUGAAAUUUAAAUUUUUGACCAUUUACCAAUAGGAUUAGUUGUCUUAACAUUUGAUCAUAAUUUUCAAUAUAUGAAUAAAAGAGCAAGAAUCUUAUUGGAGAGAGCUUCAAAUACACAAAUAUCAGAAGACAAUGUUGUAAUUAUAAUCAAAGAACUAUUAAAGAAGUAUGAAAUCAUAUAUAUAUAUAUUUUAGAUGCAUUAAUGAAAAAAUAACAAGUCUUGGAAAUCUAUUUAGACCUAGUUAAACUAGAAUUCAUUAAUUAAUAACCUAAUUCAAUCAAAAUCAAAGAAUGAGUAUGCCAAAUUUAGAUGAUAACUUUAUAAAAUAAAUUGAUCCUAUUAAUAGUGUAUUGAAUUAAUCUAAUGAUUUUGUUCCAUACUCAUAAUAAUUUAUGGAUGUAAUAUAAUAUAUAUUUAUAGAACAAAUAUAGAAUUUAAUACAAUUAUAAGGGUAAAAAAAGAUGUUUUAGAUUUCAUUUUAUGAGACUUCAUGAUUAGAUUAUAAUCAAUUUAUUAGAUGAGACAUCUAAGAUUGGAAAAUUAGAUUAGAAAAGUAAGCAUAUUUUUUAGAAUUAAUUGUUAAAUUCAUUUUCACAUGAAUUAAAAACUCCUUUAAAUUGUAUUUAAUAAUUAUUGGAAGUUGUUAUGUUAAAAGUGAAUUCAGAUUUAUAAGAAAAUAUAUUAAAACCAAUAAAAUGGCAAACUGAUUUAUUGUUAUGUUAAAUUAAUGAUAUUCUUGAUUAUGCAUCAUUUGAGAUUAAUGAUUUUCGUUGGGAUUUUUCAUUAUUUUAUUUAGAAGAUUUAUUAAAAGAAUGCAUUUCAAUAUAUUUUUAAGCCUGUAAAGAAAAAGAUAUAAAUUUAAAAUUAGAAAUGAAUUCUUAAGAUAAACAAAUGGUAAAUAAUGAUUACAAAAGAAUGAAAUAAGUAAUUGUUAAUCUUUUAAAUAAUUCAAUUAAAUUCACAUAAUAAUAAGGUGAAAUUGUUUUAAAAGUCUAAGAAACUAAAAAUAAUAUGUAUUUAAUUUAAGUAAUUGAUACUGGAUUAGGUUUAUCAUAGGAAUAACUUUGGCAAUUACAAAUUAAUAUUGAAUAAGAUAAUUUAGAAAGUGUUUAUAAUCAAUUUCAUGUUGGAUUAGGAUUAAAAGUUGCUAAUAGAUUGAUUAGAGGUAUGUCAUCAUUAUAAAAUGGAUUAAAUAUAGAUUCAACUCUGAAUAAAGGAACAAUUAUAUCUUUUACAAUUGAAGAUUUUUUAGAAGAUAAUAAUAGUUAAUCAUCUGAAACCCCAAUUAAAGAUGCUUAAUUGAGUAGAUAAUUGAGUCAACUUACAACAAGAGAGUUUAAAUUUAUUAAAUAAAUAAUUUGUAAAUGUAAUAAAAUUUUGAUUGUUGAUGAUAUUCCAUUUAAUCAUCAUGCUUUAAAAAUGAUUUUAAAUGAAUUAAAUUAUUAAGCAGAUAGUGUAUAUGAUGGUUAAUAAGCUAUAGAUCUUAUUUAAUUAAGAAUUUAGAAUAAUAAAUGUCAUCCAUUUUAUUCAUUAAUUCUUAUGGAUAUAGAGAUGCCAAAGUUGAAUGGAUUUGAAGCAUCUCUCAAAAUUAAAUAAAUACUUGGAGAUAAAAGUGAUUAAACUACAAUAAUAAUGUGUUCAGCAUAUGAUAAUUAAGAAUGUAUCAAAAUGUGUUAAAGUUGUUUAAUGAAAGAUGUAUUACCUAAACCUAUUACAAAAAUGAGUUUAUAAUACAUCAUUGAGAAAUACUUAAGAUGA